GGCUCCGGCUGAGGCUCGGGAAUGUUUGCCGGGCGUCAUGGAGACGGAGGAGCCCGGGCUCAACAAGCGGCCCCGCGGUUGGCUGGCGGCUGGAGACCGAGGAGGAGGGCGGAGGCGGAGGGGAGGGCAGAGGGUUGGUGGAGCAAAAGGAAGCUCCGGACGACGACUAGAAAAAGGAGGCGGGCGGCCAGGGCCCCAGGCCCCUCCCAGGUUCUGAGUCUCCCCGGCUGCAGGCGGAUGGAUGAGGCUCCUUCAGGCGGUGGCGGCAGCAGUGAAGGUGGCGGCGGCAGCAGCGGCAGCGGCUAUGGUGUGGUGGCUCGAUUCUCCCAGUGCCUGGCUGAGUUUCGGACGUGGUUAAGAACCAACUGGUUGAGGUUCAAUGCAGACAAGACGGAUGUGAUGCUGAAAAUGUGCAUCAGAUGUUUAUGUUUAAUUGGUUUACAGACUGUCUGUGGACUCUUUUCCUGUCAAAUUACCAGCCAUCUGUUGAGUCUUCGAGUCCAGAAAUGGAUGAAAUAUUUGACUGCCCAUGAAAGUACAGGAGGUUCAGCAACAUCAGAUGACCAUGAAUUUGAUCCAUCAGCUGACAUGCUGGUUCAUGAUUUUGAUGAUGAACGAACAUUAGAAGAGGAAGAAAUGAUGGAAGGAGAAACAAACUUCAGUUCUGAAAUAGAGGAUCUUGCAAGGGAAGGAGACAUGCCAAUUCAUGAACUUCUCAGUCUUUAUGGUUAUGAUAGUACUAUUCGACUACCUGAAGAAGAUGAGGAGGAGGAAGAAGAGGAAGAAGAAGGAGAAGAUGAUGAAGAUGCUGAUAAUGAUGAUAACAGUGGCUGUAGUGGGGAAAAUAAAGAAGAGAAUAUAAAGGACUCAUCAGGUCAAGAGGAUGAAACUCAGUCUUCCAAUGAUGAUCCGUCACAAUCUGUUGCUUCUCAAGAUGCCCAAGAAAUAAUCCGCCCACGUCGAUGUAAAUAUUUUGAUACUAAUAGCGAAAUAGAAGAAGAAUCUGAAGAAGAUGAAGAUUAUAUUCCAUCAGAAGACUGGAAAAAGGAGAUUAUGGUGGGCUCCAUGUUUCAAGCAGAGAUUCCAGUUGGCAUUUGUAGAUACAAAGAAAAUGAAAAAGUGUAUGAAAAUGAUGAUCAGCUCCUGUGGGACCCUGAGUACUUACCGGAAGAUAAAGUGAUUGUAUUUCUUAAGGAUGCAUCUAGAAGAACAGGUGAUGAGAAAGGUGUAGAAGCAAUUCCUGAAGGAUCUCACAUAAAAGACAAUGAACAGGCAUUAUAUGAGUUGGUUAAAUGCAAUUUUGACACAGAAGAAGCAUUGAGAAGAUUAAGAUUUAAUGUAAAAGCGGCUAGAGAGGAAUUAUCUGUUUGGACAGAAGAAGAGUGUAGAAAUUUUGAACAAGGGCUAAAGGCCUAUGGAAAGGAUUUUCAUUUGAUUCAGGCUAAUAAAGUUCGAACAAGGUCAGUUGGUGAAUGUGUAGCAUUCUAUUAUAUGUGGAAAAAAUCUGAACGUUACGAUUUCUUUGCUCAGCAAACACGGUUUGGAAAAAAGAAAUAUAAUCUUCAUCCUGGUGUAACAAAUAAUGUUCACACACGAACUACAGGCAAUCUGUCGUCACCAGCAGUAAGAACAUAAGAAUUGCCAUGCUGGGUCAGACCCAUGGUUCAUCCAGUUUUCUCUUUCAGAAAGCAUCACCAAGGGAAGUGUUGUGGGCUGGCUUAGUUGGUCCUCUGUGCUGUCAAGCUCAACAGGUUAGGUAGGGAUGUGCUGCCAAACAUUUGAGUUUCUUUAAUAAUCUCUCCAUAGCUUCUGGAAACUUUUUGAAGAUCCUUAUAUCUGUAACCUUGAUUCCUCUUAAGGUUAAGUAUUCAGUAGGUGGAGUAGCUGCAGUUAAAAGUAAUCCCAUAUUAUCUCUUCUUUCAUGCUUUAAGAUUUUUACAGUGGUCCCCUGGUAUAAUGGUAGGAAGUGAACAAAUGGGUUUUUGUCCCCCUAGGCGAGAAUAUGGUGGUUUUUGUAGGCUUCAGUUAUGUCCCCUGUAGGUGUUUCAUAAAGUUUUGUUGUUUUUUUUUAACUGACAGAACUGUAAUGUUUUAUUCCUAUUUAUCCCUUUUAGCUGUGCUACAUCUUCUAUAAGAAGCUGUGACCAGACUAUAAUUAUUGCCCAAACAGGGAGAAAUUGUGGUUUUCUAUAAACAUGGAGAUUCUUUUCAGUUUGCUUUCAGGACCUCCUCCUGUUUUUAGUUGCACUUCCAGUGCACAAAACAUUGUUAUUGUUAUAAGACAGAAAUUUGAGUUUUUUCAUCUUCCUUUUUUAGUCAAAAUCCAUAGUUAGAGCACAUUGUCCUGAAAGUUAUUUGUUCAUUUUUCAGUUAUAUUUUUACCUUCCAUUUGUUCACCAGAAUGAAGGACAUUUGCCAUUUUUAUGCCUUAUAAACAACCUUUGCAAAGAUCUUCCUGCAGAUUUUCUCUAGUUAAUACCUGGAAGAACUGGUAGCCAUAUGCGAAUUAGAGACUUUUACUGUAACAGCCUUGCAAAUAAUUUUUUUUUUUUUUAAAGUAAAAGUUAACCCAUCAUAACUCUGGUUAUCUGAAUGCUACUCCGACCUCCUGGAUGGCCCACCUGACUCUUCUUCCUUACUCAUUGUGGAUGCCAUUAAUCCUUAAGAAACGAUAAUUCUUUUACAGUAUCAUUGCAGUAUCUAGUCAAUUCUAGCUUCCUUUGCUUGGCUUUUCACAUCCUCCAUUAUCCAUCCCUACCAUACCAAAUUUAUUUCCAACAAUUCCUCAUCAUGUAUCAUCUGUUCUUAUUAGUCCUAGCCUCUGAAAUUCCUUUGCAUUCAUACUCAUUUGUAUUUCCAUGUGCUUCAAAUUUGUUACAUAAUUGUUCUGGAAUUAUGAUAAAUGGCAUAAAGCUGGAGGGGGGACUAAAACACUAUUUAAUUCUAUUCAUAGGCAAGGAAAAUGAGGCCUAGAAUGGUAAAUUGAUUAGCUCAUGGUUAUAUACGUUUCUUUGAUAAUGUGUUUUGUACCUCAGACUGUUGAAAGCUUCAAGUCCCUAUAUUUAUUAUAUCCUCAUAUCCCAGGGGACAGUGUGAUCAUGUAGUUUGAUAUUAUAGCUACAGUUAAUAGUUUGUUGUAGACUAUUGCCACACUUUCAGUAAAAUCCUAAGCCUUUCCACUGUUUCCUUCUUACACACAUUCUUACUUACCUGUUCAGAAAUUCUAAGGAUUUGUCUUAGUAUUUCUAUUACAAUUAUUCUGAGGGAAUUUUAAAGUAAUGGCUUUAUGGUUUUUUUUUUUUUUUUUUUUUUUUUGAGCUUCUAUUCUGUGCCAUGCACAACUUAGGCACAGGUGCUGCAGUGGUGAACAAAAAGAUUAAAAUUCCUGCCUUUGGGGCAUGAGUCCAGCACUGGUAUCAGCAGAGUUUCUCCCUAAAGAGCUAGAGUAAAUAUUUUUGGCUUUGCAGGCCUUUGGUUCUCUUGCAACCACCCAGCUCUGCUGUUGUGCAAAAGCAGUCAUAGAUACUAUGUAAAUGAGUGGAUGUGGCUAUGUCCCAUCAAAAUACUAUUCACAAAACUGGUGACCAGCCCACAAGCCAUAGUUUGCUGACCUUUAUUCUAAUGACUUAAUAGCACUUCAUAGUUUACAAAAACACUUCCCUACACACGUCUUGUGCAACAACUCUGUGUGGUAGAUACAUACAUGAUGUUCUAGGUAAAGACACUAAACCUCAGAGAUAAGUAUUUUAGCCCAGCUCUUCUAACCCCAACCCAAAGUCACUUAAUACAGCUGUCCUCCCAUGCCAUAUAGUUCAGGAAUAACUUAGGGAAGAAGUGAGUUCACCUCUAAUGGUAUGCUGGCAGACAAAGCCAGCAGAUAAGCUCAGGAAUUUAGCCUUUUAUGGCUCAGAUCUAGCAGAAAGGUAAUAACAGAAGAUACCCAGGAAAGUUCAGGGAAGUGAUUCACUGGUAGGCCCUGAUUUGUCUUCCAGGUGUUGCUAUAGCCAUCACAUAGUCGUUAGGAGCUUUAAAAUUUCAGUCUUUCUUUGUGCAGAAAUUGUUCUGUACUUCUGAUUGGUACCAUCCCUCUCUUCACUUACAGAACCACUGAUUUUAAUUGGGCCACUCUGAGCACUUGCCUAUAGUUUUAAAAGUUUUAAAACUUCCUAUAGGUAUCUAAAAUUUGCUAGCUUAAAGCCCUUAUACAUUUUUCCAACAAACAUGUAACCAAAAGGAGCUUUCCAUUUAAAUGUUCAGAUCCUGGUGGGGUAGAUGAGGCACUGGAAUGAAUGUAAGUGAAAAUUAGGACAUAUUUAAUAAAGCCUUCUAAAUUUAACCUCAAUUUUAAUUUUCAGCUUUUUUUAAUAUAAGA